CAGUGGAGGAAAGACAGCAGUGGAUUCGUUCAGGUGGUUCUGUUGGCGUUUUCACCUGGUGCGGCAGUUUUAGCAUCCAUGGACUCUCUGGACUUAGUGAGCCCUGACCUGUUCAGACACAAAGGGAGGAACUUUGUGGUCAACGACAAAGGGAGACCUGAAGACCUUGAUGCUCUUCUACAUGCUGACAUUCGUCCAACUGAUAUUUUCCUCGUCACUUACCCCAAGUCAGGCACAGUGUGGAUGCAGCAGAUUCUGGCGCAGAUCAUGGAAGCUGUACAUCCUGAGUGGGCACAAAACGGCACCAACAGGGUACAAGUUCCUUGUUUGGAGAUCAGAAUUGCAGACGACCCUUUCCGAGAAAGACCAGAUCCUCGGAUCUUUCGCUCACAUCUUCCCCCCGACAUGUUGCCCCUUGGAGUGAAAGAAAAGCAAAUCAAGGUUGUGUAUGUUUGGAGGAACCCCAAAGAUGUCCUGGUGUCAUUAUAUUACUUCGCUCACAGUUGGGUCUUCCUGGAAACACCUCAGAGCUUUGAAGAUUUUUUUCAGCGGUUCCUGGAUGGUAACACUUACAUGGGAUCAUGGUUUGAUCACGUGAGGGAAUAUUAUGCAGCACGAGACCAACUGAACAUCCAUUUUGUGCAGUAUGAGAACAUGCUGAAGGACCUCAGAGGAGAAGUUGUGAAGAUUUGUGCUUUCCUGGGAAAAGACUUGACAGAUGAGGCCAUCGAUCAUGUUGUGGAGAUGUCCACAUUCAAAAACAUGAAGACCAACCCCAAAGCAAACUACAAGGACUUAGUUGAAACCAGUCAUUAUAAGACAAACACCAUGCGCAAAGGUGUGGCAGGUGACUGGAAGAAUUUGUUCACCGUGGCCCAGAAUGAACGUUUUGACAAAGUGUUCAAGGAGAAGAUGAGUGACUUUCCUCUCACCUGCACCUGGGAGAUGACACAGUAGCUCCCCUUAAAUUCAGCUCAGAUCUGAAGUGAUCAGAGGAUCCCUCAACAUGAGCUCGCACUCACACUCAGGGAUCCUUUCUACCCACUUAAGCCUCUCCGUGCAGGGACCAGUGGAAACUGGUGUCUAUCGCGGUCAGAAAUUCACAUUUCGAAAACCGCGACUUCAUGUCUUCAUACUGUUUUCUCAUUUAAACCACGCGGUACUGUGCCAGCUUUAUUCUCUCUUAUGUAAGCUCUGACAUAUUGAGUGGUGUACAUUAAUCUUUUGUCCUGAUGAUUCAACUAGGAAAUUUUCCCAUUACAUGGCUAGAAGUGAAAGAAAAUUUUGUUUGUGCUAAUCAGAGCACUGAAACCUGGCAUUACAAAAACAAACAAACAAACAAACAAAACCAAACAUAUCUGGAGACAGACCGACACUGAUCCAUUUUCAGUGGUUAGGGUUUUUAACCAAAAAUUAACUGCAAAAACAUAAGUAGAUAUAUGGAAAAAUACAUGAAGCUGGUGAGGUUUGAUCUUCUUUUCCUUCCGGUAUUUUUAUUAAUGUAAAGAACUGAGUUGUUGUUUUAGAGUAUUUAGAGAGAAGGGAUGGAGAUACAAAAAGAGUGGUGUGUGUGUGUGUGUGGUAAAGACAAAGAUUUUUGUCAAACAAUAAAAAUGUGUGAAUGUAUAUAUUUAUUUUUUUUGCAUGAACUGACCCUUUCUAAAAAAAAAAAAAAAAGAUCAAUUAAGCAUACCAGCAGUACAAAAGAUCACUGUGAUCAUGUUUGCAGGACUAUAGUCCAGUGUCUCUCCCACUAUUUAAGAUACCACCACACCAUGCUUGUUGAUGUUUCAACCAAUCAUUUUGCUCCCUUUUUUUUCCAUUUUUUCUGUCUGUGAAGAGUUCAAGUUUGUUGUCACAGUCUUGAGUACAAAGACGUUCGAUGAAUAUUACAAUUACAUAGGCACGGUCAUUGUGUUGAUUUUACACCUCUUGUCUAGCCAGGCCUUUGAUGAGCCGUCAAUAAAUCCACCGGAAACAA